GGAACUUCAGGUGGGAGGGAGGUGGCUGUGUGAGGAGGUGCGUACUGGGACUGCAGGCUGUGUUACUGGGGCACUGGGACUGGAAGCUGCACACUGGGACUGUGAUAGAAGCUGCACACUGGGACUGUGAUAGAAGCUGCGCACUGGGACCGAGUGUGUACUGGGACUGAGCAGAGUGCGUACUGGGACCGGUCAGAGUGCGUACUGGGACCGGUCAGAGUGUGUACUGGGACCGGUCAGAGUGUGUACUGGGACCGGGCAGAGUGUGUACUGGGACGGAGUGUGUACUGGGACUGGUCAGAGUGUGUACUGGGACGGAGUGUGUACUGGAACUGUGAUAGAAGCUGCGUACUGGAACUGAGCAGAGUGUGUACUGGAACUGAGCAGAGUGUGUACUGGGACGGAGUGUGUACUGGGACUGAGCAGAGUGUAUACUGGGACGGAGUGUGUACUGGGACUGAGCAGAGUGUAUACUGGGACGGACUGUGUACUGGGACUGAGCAGAGUGCCAUACUGGGACGGAGUGUGUACUGGGACUGAGCAGAGUGCGUACUGGGACUGAGCAGAGUGCCAUACUGGGACGGAGUGUGUACUGGGACUGAGCAGAGUGUGUACUGGGACGGAGUGUGUACUGGGACUGAGCAGUGUGUGUACUGGGACUGAGCAGUGUGUGUACUGGGACUGAGCAGAGUGCCAUACUGGGACUGAGCAGAGUGCCAUACUGGGACUGAGCAGAGUGCCAUACUGGGACUGAGCAGAGUGCCAUACUGGGACUGAGCAGAGUGCCAUACUGGGACUGAGCAGAGUGCCAUACUGGGACUGAGCAGAGUGUGUACUGGGACGGAGUGUGUACUGGGACGGAGUGUGUACUGGGACGGAGUGUGUACUGGGACCGGUGUGUACUGGGACGGAGUGUGUACUGGGACCGGUGUGUACUGGGACGGAGUGUGCACUGGUCACUGGAGUAACCGCUGCCUGCUGUGGACACAUUUGCAGACUGACUUGCAGACCGGGCAUCUGGCAUGGCAGUCCUCGCCUCUCCUGGUACAGAGCUGGGCUACAUAAAGACAGUCCUGGGACAAGAGCACUUCAUGGACCUGGAUAACUCCACUCUGGCUUUGCCAACUGAGGAGAAGCUGAAGAUCAGCCGUCAGGACCUAGAGAAGGCCAGGCGGCUCCAACACCAGGUCCAGCUCACUAUGGCCAGGAAGACCAACAAGAAGAGCCUGACAAACGGCAUAAGUCACCGCUCCACCAGCAUUCCAGAUCAUGUGCAAUAUCACGCCAGAGAUGUCACUUUAUCGCCUUCCAAAUAUUACGGCACCGUCAAGGACUACUCGUCAUCUGUGUUCGAGAAUGGUGGAGGUGGCCACACACUACAUAGUAACAGGAGGCAGGAAAAUGGAUGGGGCAGAAGUUACUCAACGUACACUCAGUGGGGUAACGAGCAGGACACAAGCCAGGGCAGAACCCUGGUGCGGAAGGAUAUCUCUCCGGAACGAGUAGCUGGAUCGGCUGCGUAUGAGCAAAGAAAAAGAACGCUGAGACAUUCUGAACUCAGACAGUACAGUGUUGCACCCAUAAGAUACUCUCACUCAGAGUUUGGAACCGCGGCUAGAGCUCGGCAAAGCACCGUCAAAAAGUCCAACCAGUCUGACCAAGAUUCGGUAUUUCAAAGCGUCCCAACCAGCCCUGUCAGACCGAUCUACCAGCAGCGAAAUAGCCGAAGUCUGAAUAACCUUCUGGAGAAGGAGAACUACCAGACUGGUGCAGCUGCCGGCCAGGUUAUAACCAGAAUCCAGCCACAGAUGUCUAAUAGGGCUGGCUAUCAACAGACCAUCCAAAGGACCACAGUGUCAGGAAGAGAAUAUUUCCAGUCACCUCACACAGCUGGUGGCAUAGACUUGGGUGGGAAGACGGGGACCUUAACAGCCGGAAUGGCUGCGGCCACUGGCAGCGCGAACAUGCAGAUCCAACAUGAUGGCGGACGCCUGGAAUCUCAUGUCGGAAACACGGCCACAAUGACGUCAGAGGUGGACAUGACCCUGGAGAGAGCUGUAAGCCUGCUGCAGAAUGAGUCGACCUCCCCGUACUUACUGACGGCUGCUGCCAGCUUUAUUCAGCAUGAAUGCUUCCAGAAGAUGGAGGCCAGGAGACGGGUUUAUACCCUGGGUGGGAUCUCCAGGCUGAUCCGUCUUUUGAACUACGGCAAUGUGGAGGUCCAGCGCGUGACCUGUGCCGCCCUCAGGAACCUGGUAUUUGAGGAUAAUGACAACAAGCUGGAGGUCUGCGAGCAGCGCGGGAUGCCCACUCUUCUCAACCUACUCAGAGACACCCAGGAUGUGGAGAUCAAGAGACAGAUCACAGGGUUACUGUGGAACUUAUCAUCUAACGACCAACUGAAGGGUAUGCUGGUCCGCGACGCCCUCCGCCCCAUGACUACCAGCAUCCUCAUCCCGUGUUCCGGCUGGAGUGAAGGGGAGUACUCCAAGCAUGAGAUCCUGUCCGACGCCGACACAUUUUACAAUGCGACCGGCUGCCUGAGAAACAUGAGCUCGGCCGGGCCGGAGGGGAGGAAGGCCAUGCGGGAGUGUGACGGACUGAUUGACUCCUUAGUGUAUUACGUCAGGAGGACUGUCGCCGACCACAUGCCGGAUGACAAGGCUACAGAGAACUGCGUGUGCAUCCUACACAACCUGUCCUUCCAGCUGGAAUCCGAGGUGCCCAGUCGCUACAGCCAAAAUUUCCACCUGCAAAGCAGAGAUGCGCCCCAGAAUGAUAGAAACGUCGGCUGUUUCGGCACACGCAGCAGGAAGAUCAAAGAGGAGUGGAGAGAAGCCCCCAUGGCAGAGGAGGCCAGCAAUCCCCGAGGCGUGGAAUGGCUGUGGCAUUCUAUAGUGGUCCGGAUGUACCUGUCGCUGAUUGCAAAGAGCAGCCGGAAUUACACACAGGAGGCGUCUCUGGGGUCUCUGCAGAACCUCACCGCAGGCAGCGGGCCGAUGCCAUUCUCUGUGGCUCAGAUGGUCGUCCAGAAAGAGAGCGGUCUUCAGCACAUCCGUAACAUGCUGUUUUCCAGCAAUCCUGGGGUGAAGAGAACGGCUGUCUCGCUCCUGAGGAACAUGUCUCGGAAUUCCUCCCUGCACAAUGAGAUCGCCAGAGAGCUGAUGUCUGACCUCGUGCGGACGCUGCCAGACUCUGCGCCAGACUCCAAUAUCGCCAACGAGACAUCUGCGUCAGUCUGCUACAUAUUGAACAACCUGAUCUCUGAUGGCUCCGACAACGCCAGGUCGCUGUUACAGAAUGGUGGGGUCCAGAAACUCGUCAAUAUCAGCAUGAGCGAUAGCACUUUGUCAACUAAAUCUGGGAAAGCGGCUUCUCUUGUGCUGUAUAACCUGUGGUCCCACCAGGACCUCCACACUGCUUAUAAGAAGGCCCUGUACAAGAAGACAGAUUUCGUCAAUCCCAAGACAUCGAAGGCUUACCAUUCUCUGUGAACCUCCAAAUAACAAUGGUCUUUCUCUAGACCGGCCAGUGGAUACAGAGACAUUUGGAAGUGCCUCUCGCCCCCUGCUUACUGCCUACAUGAUGCCAAUUAGCGAACACUUUUUGUCUGUUACGUUGGAAAGUCACUGACUAGACCGUCCGGGAAGCUGAGGACUUUUUUCAGCAUAUCCUAUAUGUGUCUGCCACGUUUUUCUUUGCCGAGCUCCAGUUUUAUAUCAUAGCGCAACCCAACGCAUUUCUUUACCUCAUGCAUCGCUAGCAACUACGUAAUCAUUUAGGGUUUAAAAGCUGUAUAGUUGUUUGUUGCGACAGCGGCUUGUUGUCAAAGGACAUUGGUAUUCCAAAUUCUGGGUUGAAACUGGCUGUAAGUAGAUAUCACUGGGUCCCAUGUCAAAGGUUUCAGGAGAUCUCCAUGUCCCAGAGGCAAUUCCUCAAAGCUAAGUCACAGGCCAACCAACACCUUGUCCAUCCAGCUAUAUAAAUAUCCAACGUGUAUGAAAAAGUUGCGGAAUCCAGUACCUUCCUUGAUAGAUCAAUAGCUAGCUAGCUUUCCACCUUUUCCAAUGGUCUCUGGGUUAUUUUGCAAUCACAUGGUCAACUAAGGAUUUCAUUACAUCCAUUUUCUCGAACGGGAACUACAUCAAUCUGUUUUUGAAAUGUAUAUCCUGAUAAGACGAUUUGCAAAUGAUUGGUGGUCUCCUCACUACCUUAUGGUUGGCAGACAGCACUUACGAAGGCUAUUUCACCUGUUUAUGCUUCUGAGAAGAUUUGUAAGUCUGGACAGCUCUAUCUGUGGACUUUGUGUGUGCAUCAGGACAGACCUUUUAUAUAGUUGUUUGAUUUGUAAAAGACGUAAUGUCAACUGAGUCAUACUUCCUCCGAAAAAUGAAAAAACAAAAAGCAAAACAAAUUUUCCCAAAAAUGACUUUCCUCUGGAAAUUUGUUACAUUUUUCUUUUUAGAAUUUGUAAACGAAGUGACACGCCGCAGAAUUGCAAUUGAUGAGAUGAGUUGAGGCAGGUGAUGUCUGGAUGCUAUAAGUCACGUUUGCCGGACUGAGCUCCGGAAGUGCCCAACCAGUGCUAUGGGGUUAGACGUUAGCAUGUGAUUACUUAGGAAAACAGAUCGGACAAUACGAAAGCAGAAUUGAUGGAGUCAAUAGAAAACAGAACAUGGAACAGAGAUUCCAUGUUCUUUACAGGUUUCCAGGAUUACUGGAACGACAUUGGGCCUUUGUGUUUUAACAGAUUCCGAGAAAGAGAGUGAUAGAUACAGGAUGCAGUUAUAAUGGUAUCUUGCCGCUGCUUGCCCACAUGAACUAUUGUAACCCACCAUUAAACUGUGUACAGUUGUGUUUGCUGAUAGUUUCCGUUCUCAUAACCAUUAACCAUUCAACGCUCUAUGGAAAAAGAAGGUAUUAAUUCAUAGACUUCUUAUAACAUGGCGUUUUCUAUUACCUUUCUGGCUAGAUUAUCUAUAAUUGGGAUUCUUGUUGGGCAGAUAGAAACACAGCUGGGGGUGCCAGUCUCAUUUAUGGGUAGAAAAUACAGCUGGGGGCGCUGGUUCCAUUCAUUGACAGGAAUGCCACUGGGUGUGCCAAUCCCGUGUAUAGGUUUUGGAGCUCAUCUCUGAAGGUGCCAAAUGUUGGACAAUGAAAGACUUGUCCGAGUGUUAUUGCACUAAGGGAACCAGGGUACACUGCCAAAGGGCCAAUUGUUAUUUAGCGCAGUGGGAGUCUUUGAUUCCAGAAGAGGCGGGGCCAGUGGGCGGGUGCACCAAUAGGCAGGGAUAUUUGCAAUGACAAGGUGGAUACGGUUUUGCUUGCCUUAAGAUUGAUCACCUGAUACUAAGUCAUUGCUGCAGCCGGAGCACCUGAAGAUGGUGUUGCAUCGGUCUUAGGCGACCCUACAGCUGGUGGGGGCUGUCAGUCCUCACCCAGAGGUUCCGGCGGUCUGACAGUUUUAUGAAUUCGAUGUUAAGUUGUUGUUUUUUUAUAUCUUGUUUAGUGCCAUUUUUUUUUAUGCUUUGAUGACAUCACGUGCUGCAUUCAUACUGACAUUUGUGUUUGACCAUUCCCAUGACACUAUUAUAAAGACAUGUGACAACUC